ACAAAUACCCACCGCUUACUCCAAGGCCAAUGGCGGCACUGCCAUACCGCUGCCCGCCACUGUUAUGGUGCAACGCCGCUGCCCACCGGACAAAGUACGACCACUGCCACCGACACCGAAUCACACGCCAUCCAUACCCGGUUUAGGAAAAAGUGGCGUUGAUUUUAAUAGCGCGCGACCAAAUAGUCCACCAACCACUAAUCAUACCAUACAAAGUCUGAAAACUGGCAAUAAUAAUGGCCUACGUCCGCCAACGGCUAAAACAACGCACGCCAGCGGCAUACCGCCACCGAGUGGCAUACCGGCUGCAGCCGCUAAUAUGGGACCAACGCUGCCACAGCAAAAGCACUCCAUGCUUGACAAGCUUAAGUUGUUCAAUAAAGAAAAACAGCAACAACAAAAUGCAGCUAAUGCUGCCUCGACUAAGAUGCAAGUGCAAUCCAAGCGCACCUCCUCAUCUUCGGGUUUCUCAUCGGCGCGUUCCGAACGCUCAGACUCUUCGCUGAGCCUCAACGACGGACACAUAUCACAGAUCAAGCCGCCAGCGGUCAGUGUAACAUCUGGCAAGAGCAAAAUCAAUACCAAACAAUCCAAACUGAUAGCGGCACAGCUAAAGAAAGAGCAGACGAAAGUCAGCAAGCUGGACAAGAAGGAGAAGAGUCCAGCGCGCUCGCUAAAUAAAGAGGACUUCAGUGGUGAGAGCCGCAACUCUACAAUGGGACGCGCAAAGAACUCAUUGCCGCGCGUUACCGAAAAGAAUUCGCUGAAAUCUUCUUCUAAGGGCUCACUUAAUUCCAAGUCCGACUCGAAGUCUUCGUUGAUAGUGCCGCCCACGAAGGGACUCUGCAGCCCCAAUGGCACUGGUUUACCCAAACCAAUUGCUGCCAUAAAAGGCACAAGUAAGUUGCCGCAAUCACCUUUGGGUGGUGUUGGUGGCAGCGGCGAUAAUCGUGUACGUGGCAUGAGCAACUCAAAUUCGCAGCAGGAGAUGAUGAAGCGUGAAAGGAGUGACAUAUCAAGCAUGCAUGCAAACAUAUCUAGUGAGAACGCUAAAUCGAAAGAAUUAACGCAACAGCAACAACAACAUCAACAGCAGCAACAUCAACCACAUAUCGUGAAACCGGUGCCGAUACUACCGGAGCCGGGCAGCAAGCCACCAUAUUACGCUAACGCCACAAACAUAUCACAGCAGCAGCAACAACAACUCCAACUACAACAACAACGCCAGCAGCAAUAUCAACAGCAACAGCAAGCUUAUUACAAUCAACAACAGCAACAACAACAAGAACAUGCCACAUAUGUGAAUAACAGUCGUUUGCCGCCGCCAAAAUCCGCUACUUCACCUACCGGCAACGCGCCAACUGCGCGCAAACUUGAAUAUAACGCCGGUCCUGGUAUACUCGCGUCACCACAGCGCUCGCCACUACGCGGUCACGCGCAAUCGCCUGACUCGCCAUCCGCGCAUCAACACCAUCACGCGCACGCGCACUCGCACUCCAAGUUCCACACAAUACCCUCCAGAAUAGACACAAUCUAUGAGGAGAAGAAACCGACGAGCCUGCUGCCGAUGCCGCCGUUACUGCGUGGCUACAAUUCGCAUGUGACACUGCCGACGCGCGGUGUACGCGGCGGUGGCAAUCGCAAUUAUGUGGCCGAUUUCAUUGAAGCGGAAAUAAGUCAAGGUUACUGCAGCGAUGGCGAUUCAUUGAGAGUGAGCGCCUCAGCGCGCUUAGCGCAACGCGCAGCCGCAACAGCGAGACGCUAUCACGACAUAGAUAAUGGUUAUUUGUCGGAAGGCAGUGGCAGUGUCGGUCAUCAUGGCAUGCUAAUGGGUGGCGGUAUGAGCUCGGCGGCGCAUACCAAACAUUUCUUGAGCAUGAUGCGUGCGAGGACACAACUGCCGACGACCAUCGAAGAACGG